AUGAGGUUCUCUCUUCUAGUCUCAUUCUUCGUGGCCCUUUUCUUGGCUGCGAGUCUCGAUGUGGCUACAGCCGCUGCGGCACCGAAGCUGACUGGUUCCGAGAAGGCCAUCUACAAUACUUGGAGCCAGGAAUAUCGUCUCCUAUACGAGGUUUGGCGCUACGAUGCCCAAAGUGGGAUCCCUUUCUACUCACACCUGGUCGUCAGUCAUCCAGAUCUGGAACAAAGAGCUCUUGAAUAUGCCCUUCAAGACGGAAAUGGCCCGUACGCCGUGGAGCACAAGCGUAGUGUUUCGUACGCCAUGACACUUAUUCCGGGCAACCGAGGCCCCGCGAUCCGGUGGAACCUGCGACAAGGGCAACUCGGACAAUACGAUGCCAGCAUCUUCUGGAAGAUCGAUAGAAGGGGCGCAAAGCUGCUAAGGUUCGACAUCUGGCCGGCGGGUGCACAGGCUGCGCAGCUUGAGAGAAUGCAAGAUGUCAUCAAUCGUUUCCGUGCAGCUCACUGA